AUGGAUGAGCAGAGCAGCAGCAGCGACGUCGGCAGCAAAGCAAAGCAGCAGGAAUUGAAUGAGGAAGCAUUAAAGAAUUUCACAACAUCAGCAACAUCAUCAUGGACCAUUUUACCAGCUGAACGCAUUGAAAUCCUUGACAGCACCAGCGACGAAUCAUCCAUUGGCAUAAAAGCUCCCGGGGAGCAGGAGUCCAGCAGCGAGCCUGCAAACGAACGCUGCAAGCCCGUUGAAGAUCCCGAUCCCCAGGCGGAGGACUUCUCGGAUGGCAUCUCCAUAAUAAGCGAUUGUGAGAGCACAGGACGUCUGACACCAAAUCCCAUGUUUCGUGGUCUACUCAACGAAUUGAAUCUUGAUUUGAGCAGCGAGCUGCCGUCAACGCCACGGAAUCAUCAGCAAUUGCGAACUCGACGACGCAACGCAGAAAUGGAGCAACUGGAGGAUGCCCCAGAUGGACAGGAGAAAGCAGCAUCUCUCACACGUCCCAACAGCGAGUUGAGUGAACAACCACCUUCCAUUGUGCGCUAUCGAUUGCCAGCUUUAGUCCAAAACGGUUUGACGGCCGUCUUCUAUGUGGGCGCCACUUUGGCCAUUUUGGCCUUCAUUGGACGCCUGAAGAAUCCCGAGUGGCAAGUGCUGGGCGGGAAUAAACCCAGUGCGGAGUUGGAGCAGAGAUUGGUUGAUUUGGAGCUGCAGAAUAAUUUAAUGCGUGCAGAAAUUGAUAUCAUGGCCAAGCAAUUGAACUAUCUCAGUGGUCAGGGUCAAUCGCACUCCCAAUCGCAAUCUCAGUCACAAGGACGCAAAGGGAAAACAUUUAAGGCCUGGCCAGGCAAUGGCAACUCUGUGGAUCCGGUGGAUAUAACGAAGCAGGAUUUGAAGCGACCCUAUAAGUGUCCCGAUGGCAAAUUUGUGGAAAUCGCUGGCAUGUGCAUGGAAAGCAAACCGCAUGCCGAAUCUCUUGCAGAUGAGAUUGGUAAUGUGGUCAACGAUGUGCUGCAGCAAUCUCAAACUUUUCAGAAUUUUGAAAAGGUCACCGAGCGGCUAGGCACACUUGCUGGUAAUGAUCAGCCGGAGCAGGCCAGCGAAACACCCAAAGCUUUCCAUGCACAUGCCGAGAUGGACAAGCGUCAAGGUCUCCCUCAAUACAAUCAGAGGUCAGAUUCCUCCAAGGAGCGUUACCAGACGAAAACCAAUUAUAACAAGUGUAAGGAGCAUCAUUCUAACGAGCACACUCGUUCCAAAUGUAACGAGUACGAUUCUAAGGAAUACUCCAAGGAGCGAACUCGUUCAAAAAACAACGAUAAUGAUUCUAAGGAACACUCCAAAGAGCGCAUUCGUUCUAAAAGCAAUGAGAACGAUUCCGACGAACACUCCAAAGAGCGCACUCGUUCCAAAAGUAACGAGUACGAUUCAAAGGAGCGUGAUUAUAAGAAAUAUGCUGACAAGUCCAAGGAGCGUUACGAGAAGAAGAACAAGCAGCAGCAUCGUGGACAUAACCAUGACAGCGGCAGCGGCGAGUGGCACGAACGAAUGAUGCAACAACGAGAACAUGCACGACAACGGCACGAACAGAAGCGCAACAACAAUUGGUACAUUGAACGAGGCGGCAGUCGAGAGCAGAAACGUUCCGGCGAGACGCGACGCUAA